CAAUCUACUACUACCUCUCUGUCAUCAACAAACACUUCACUCCAACGUUUAAAAUCUGUGCUUCACUCCGCCAAGCUGGUACCACUUUGGUUAGCUGUAGUUCUUCAAGUCCAAACAUCCAUGUGUUAAUCAAUGUGACAUAAAUCGAAAAACUUUCUAGUGCGGUGUACUGUGUUUAAAUCUAGUUUAGGUUUUGAUUUGGGUUUACGAUGGAAAUUCAAAAUAUUGACAGUAGCAAAGGAAUACCCUGGAUGGAUGAUUUUUCCAAUCAAUCAACAAGUUUUCCAGAAGUACUAAAGGAAGAGACCAGUGAACUGGGGACUGUAAUAAUAUUUGUAAUUUCGGCUGUGCUAACAAUUACCUUAUUAUUUGUGAUAGCAAUUUUCAUAGACUGUAGGCAGCAAAAAUUAACAAACCACCAGUUAGAAGUAAAGAAAAAGCGUAAAUUUUUAAGAAUACCAAGACUAAAAAGGAUUGUGGAGGAUGAGGACACAUUAACUGAUGCCAUGGAGCAACCAUCCACAUCUGCAAGUGUGAUAGUAUAGUAUAUAAAUUAUAUAAUAUAAUGUAUAUAAAAAGUAACUCAAUAAGGAAAAUAUACAUAUCAGUGACUUUACAACCAGUAAAUACAAUUUUACAUUUAAAUGGAAUUGAUGUUGCAUCAUCAACUUUAUGUUUAAGUUCAUUUUUAUUUAGUUUAAUUUUUAUCUGAGUUUUAUUAACAUGUGUAUCAUUGAGAUUUAAAAGAUCUGUGAAUUGUAAUCAUUCUUAAUGAUAAAUUGUCUUAAGAUUACAACAGUAUUUUUUAUAAGAGAAAUAAUUUUAUGAAAUACUUGCGUCUUAAUUUUUAUAAGACUGAUUGUUACUGUAU